AUGACACUGGCUCUAUAUAGAUCUGGGGCGCAAAAGUUAUUGAAUUACUUCGCUGAUGCAACCAUAACUCAUGUUGAUCGAAGUAACAACAAAUACACUGAUUGCCUAGCCAUGUUAGCCUCAAAGCUGCAAUUCGAAGGUUUAGGAGAGACUUUGAUAGUGAAGAGAUGGACUGGAGCAUCGACAUGGCUCUUACAGUCUAAGGAUACUGAAACCAACGAUUGGAGGACACCGAUUAUCCAAGAGCUUAACAAUGCACUUAUCUCAGCAGAGAUAAAAAUUCCGUCGGCUAGGAUUGCGACAGCAAGUGGAGUCCAAUGGAAUGAGGCUGAAAUAUCGAAUGCCGUAAUAGCGGAGCUAGAUGCUCUGUACUCCAAGAGAACUAAGGCGGAAGAACAUGCUCAGGCAUACAUAAAUAGGGUCUCCAGAUCCUAUGAUAAAGCCAUAAAACCUCGAAUUUUUCAAGUAGGAGAUCUGGUGAUGAAGACUGCUAAGCACAUUCACCAAGACAUGUCCGCACCAAAAUUCUCUCCAAAAUGGGAAGGGAAAUAUGUGGUCACCAAAGCAUACAACAGUGGGUACUAUAAGAUUAUCAAAGAAGAUGGAGGCAAGUUGGAAGCGGUCAUCAAUGGAAAAUGGCUCAAAGAAUACUACGCCUGA